UCGAUUAAGGUUUUCUUGUUGCUGUGCACCAACCUUGCGGCCACCGAGCCACGGACGCUCGAUCUCCAUCUGUAGCGUUUUCUUCUCUCCUUUUGGUCUCUCUGGUCUCUGAUGUGUCUCUGCCUUUCCCUGGACUAGAAACCGUUUCCGCUUCACAAGCGAAAACGCUGUGCGAGAUCUUCGUGCGUACUGUCAGACAAGAGGUGUGUUUGGUUCGCUCGCACCGGCGAAGGGCGAGAAAAUCGGAUUAUCUGCACCGCUUUCCGUUGUUACCCCUACAAAACUAUCGGAUUCGUUACUGGUAAAAAGACCAGAGAGUAGACAGAGAGAAAUGAACUAGACCCGAUUGAUUCAGCGAGAUGUACUGAGCUGUGACAAGCGUGCGUUUGUGUGACACCAGUAAUGUAAUCCACUUCUCUACUCCAUUCGUACUCGCAUCAGAAUUAACAGAGCUGAACUCUGUACCAGUCUCUGCUCGUUUCCUUUCCCCAAACUGUCUCCCGGUUUGACAAGGCGUCGGUUACUGUUUGUGCAACAAUUCUCCAGCCUCGCUAAGCUAUGCUCUUGCCACUACACCGGCUUGCGGCUGCAGCCUGUCUGUGAUUUCUACGGCGCUCGGUGAUGAACACUCUCGGUGGAGACGCGAGGCGAGUUUUUGCUUCUUUAUCUCCAGCCUGGGCGCCGUAAACUCUCUUCUUUUUGUUGUCUUCGUCCUUCAAACGAACCGUUUUCGGUCGUCACACCACUUUUGCUGCUUGCUGUGUCUCGAGGUGAGACUCUGAAUUGGUUUUGCAUACGCGUUGUAUUCGACUCCUGUAAUCGAGAGGCCUAUACCACUCGGAUGUCCUCAGUGGGUAAAGACCCACUACGAAUCUUGUGUUGGCAUGACAAGCGGCUCAGGAAUUCCGCACGGUUGAUACUGAUCCUUCCGUUUGGAGUACCACAUGCAGCCUCUUAGAUUCGUGUCACAUGCGCUUCUGUCUGAAGCUCUUCGCCUGGAGGAGCCGAAAUCGUGAGCCUUGGGGUCGAAACUAGUGAUGUAACAUCUCCAUCUUCGUUCGCAUCUGUUCUAGGUUGUCGUUUUCCCUCUCGGUCGUCGCUUUUUUGCCUUAAUCUAUUCUCUGUGGUCAACAGAUGGUCCGUGGAUACAUCCGGACCGACUGAAAGUCACGACGUCCUCGGCAGCAGUCACGAGUCGGAGUUAUGUUUCUUGUUCUCAGUGUGCGUUUUUGCACUGUGUCAGGUACAGGGUAGUGAGUCGGUUCCAGUUUUUUCGACAGUGCCGAUUCUUUGCCCAGUCGCGUGUAACCCUGAAGAAGGAGUUCGGUAAAAAAGCCCUGUGACUGACGUUUGUGAACUUCCUUUCUGUUUCCUGCAAGCGUUUCUCUGUCCUUUUCCGCGUCGUCAACCUACUUCGUCUCGGACCCGCUGUACAGACACUUAAAAGAGGUAACCCCUGCGUGAGAUCUCUGGGUCCCCGGCCCAGACAAGCAGGGAAGAGGCUAAAAGAGAGGUGUACAUUCCGCCUUCAAUUCGACAGUCAAGCGCGGCGUUUCUAGAAAAAUGCAGCAGUCGUAUCCACACCAUUACCCUGCCCCUGCCUGCAACGGCGACAUGCAGGCCGGCUCUCCACCACAGCAGCAGGUGCAACAGUACGGGACCUCGCCGGCCGCUGUCUCUCAGAUUCCGGCUCUCGAGUUUCGUGCAGGGGCUUCGCCUUCUCAACCGCCGUAUUGCAAUUCUAACGAGCAAGCUCCCGUGAACUGGUAUCAACAACCGCCCUCUCAGUCGCUUGUCUCCGUGCCCCAACAGUACUUUCCUUCUGCCUCCUAUUCUGGCGCUGCGCCCGCUUUGUCCGCUUCCCUGUUUCCAGGGAAUCCUGUGUCUGCUUUCGCGACUGAGACGACUCCUGUGGUAGCGUAUUCCCAGCCAGAUUCAAUUCAAGGGAGCAGCGACCGCGGUCACUUCCCACAUCCGACAACCAGUCAAUUCCCGAAUCCGACAGCUCCAAACUACCCGUCAGACCCAUACAAAGACGCGGCGAAUCCGCCGCUUCUGCCUGCAGAGAGUGUAUCGACACCUGGGCAACCAGUGCACGAGCAACAGUCUUUGUCCGAUGCAGCGCAUCGCGCGCCGGGUCCCGUCUUCGAAGGCCACCAGAGAGUCCGGAAGGGAGAACAGAGUGUCGGAGACACUGGGGUCGGGAGAGAAACGAAAGCUGCGGCGUUUGUUGCGCCGCCCCUUGAGUUCCGAAGGCACUCCGAGCAGCCGGCAUACGGAGGCGUGCAGGCACAGAGUUUCGCCUCAACUGGCCGCAGCGUGUCAAAUCCUGUCGAAAACGACAGGUACACACGGCCGCCCUCAGAAGGCGCAGUUCCUGCCUCCGGAGGCGAACCAAGUGUACGGAGCAGCUCCAUGAUGCAGGACGCGUUCGUGCCUCCGCAACCGGGUGUGCAUGCUGUGCCUCCGCAACAGGGGGUGCAUACAUCGCACCAUCCAGGGCGUGGAGGUGAAGCUGCUCGGGUGUCUCAGGAGCAACCGUCUGGAUCUGUUGGCUCUGAGCGUCCGGAACGGCAAGCGCCUCCGCUUGAAGGGAUGGCGAUUCAGCAGAGCUCGGGUUCGACAGACGACCUAUCAGGCCAGAGGUGGUCGCCGGAUGCGUCUCUCUUGGCAGCGCAGGGGCAGUCACAGACAGGAGCGGCUCGGGGGCAGUCGGUUGGAGGCGAGGCGGUCCCCAACGAGUAUCGAACUGCCACAGUUGCGCCGAACUAUGCGCAGGCUGAGGGGAACUACGGUUAUCAAAGGAACGACGGAGGGUACGUAGGAGUGGCUGGGGGAUCCUGUGGUUCGUCUCAGUCUGGGCAAAACUCGAUAGGCGAAGUGGGUCAAGGGUAUCCGUCUGGACCUUCACAAGAGCGGCAGCAGCUCCAGAAAGCGGCACCGAUUCAACCGGUGUCUGCUUCCAUUUCCACCAGUUCACGCCGGAGACCAUCUCCCGAGCCGUCCGCGUCUUCGCCGUCACCUUCGACUUUUGAGCUGGCCUCGCGAGGCGGGUCGCAGCAGAGCGUUUCGUCGCCGGCGUCGUCGGCGUGUCCAGGUACCGCACAGCCAGGUGGGACGGAAAACGCAGCUUCGGGCGACGCUUCAAGCCCUCCUCCGCGCAUGUCGACGCUGACUCGGCCGGUGAAUUCGCGGAUCGACCCUUGUCAAGUGCCGCGUCCCGAGGGCCGGAGCGAGACGGUGACUCAGGAGGGCGGCCGCGUCUUCGAGUCGGACAAGUACAACCUCCCGCCAAACCCGUGCAGUGUCUAUACAGUGCUCGACCGCGGAAGUUGCUCGUGCCGCUACGUCCGCUGCACGCUGAACCACGUCCCAGCCUUCUCCCAUACGCUGUCUCUCUCGUCGCUUUUCUUUGGGAUCCUCGUGCAGCCGUUUGCGCAGAAAGGCCCGUGCGAGGAGCCCAUUCCUGUGGUUGAUUUGACCGAGACGUCGCCGCUGUUCACGCAUCACUUGAGCGCGAAGAACAGAUCCGGGGGCGCGGUCGAUGGAGGCGGCUCCGAGGGCCGGAAGGCCGCGAAAGCAGGCAAGAACACCUCCGAGGGGCCCGUCCGGUGUCCACGGUGUCGGGCGUACAUCAACCCGUUUAUGGCCUGGGCCGCAGGCGGCAACGAGUGCGUCUGCAACCUCUGCGAUCACCACUUCUUGCUCCCCGAGUACUAUAUGGAAGCCCUGCACCUGUACCGCUCGCAGAUGCACGGCGACGGUCGCCCCGGAUACGAGGACAGAAACGGGGACACGCGCCGAAAGGCCAGACCGCAGGGAAUCGAGAGAAACGAACUGUGGAAGGGCAGUGUCGACUUCGUGGCGCCUCCUGGGUUUGAAGCGAAAUUCGAAGCUCGCAGAAAGGCGGGAAACACUGUGGCCGCGGACCCCCACUCUUCGACCCGCUCGCAGACACCAGCCGCCUCAGCAGAGACUCCAGAGCCUGCAGAUUCACAGGCUGCCCCGGGGGCGGGGCUGUACGGGUCGCAGGAAGUGCCUCUCGCGUUCUCCCCGAGUCAGCGACGCGCUCGAGAAGAAGAAGCAGAAACCAAACUGCUUCAACGAUUCCCCUGCGUUGUCUUCGUCGUCGAUGUCUCCAUGGCGGCUGUGAGGUCCAAUCUGGCCAACAGCUGCUUGCAUGCGAUUGCAGAACUCCUGCGAACGACUCAGGGGACUCUCCGCACCCAAAUCGCCCUUGUCCUCUACUCGGAUCGUCUAAUCUUCUUCCCGAGAAAGCGCCCCCUCCGUAGACGCGGCGUCGGGGGCGCUGGUGGAGCCGAUGGUGGUGACCCAGGCCCCGGCCACGGAGGAACAGCAAAGAGACACUCAGAAGGCGACGCUCAGACGCAAGGUGGACACGCCGGGAGUUGGAGCGAAGCACAAGAGACAGAUGCCCAAACAGAAGUCACGCCUGAAAAGAUCCAGGCGGUGUUUGUCUCCGACGUUGACGAUCCGUUCAUGCCUGCACCGAUCGAUCUCCUCUUCUUCACGCCCCAUCAAUACCCAGAACUUCUGGCCCUCCUUCAAGAGCUCCCAAAAUUUCUAGGUGAACUGAACAGCGACGCUGGAGAGCGCUCGGUUGGCAAUGCCGCGCUUCGGGCAGCCGUCGACCUCGUUUGCGAUCGAGGAGCAGGGGGAAUGGUGGAAAUAUUCUAUGCCUCGCCGCCGAAUCACGGUGUCGGUUCUCUCAAGAGCGACCCAAUGGGGAAGGUGACCACGGGAGUGGGCGGCGCCUCUUUCGAGGUUCAGCAACGAGAAUUCUACGAAGGUCUGUUGAUGGACUGCUCGGGUGGCGGAGUGUGCGUCGACGUCCACGCAUAUCCGAGCACACGAAACGCAAAGAUGCUUCUGCAGACGCUGGGCUCCAUCGCCACACACACAGGAGGCAAAGUGUUUUACCAACACGACUUCAUCUGGAACAGAGACUACAUGCGAAUUUACGAGGACCUGCACAGGCUGCUGACGUCUCCGCUGGCGUUCAUGUGCGAGGCAAAGCUGCGGACAAGCACCGGCGUGGCUGUCGACAAGAUUCUCGCGCCGUUUGGCGGCCCCCGAGUUCUCUACGACCAGACAGCGUUCCGAAUUCCGCGAAUGGACGCGGAUAUGACGAUUGCGUUUUUGUGCAAGCACGUGCAACAGCUGGACUCGGUGAAACAGGUGUAUGUUCAGUUCGUUUGCGCGUACACCCCCCUGCAACCCAUGGAAUCAGGAAGGUCGCCAGAUGGAUCGCAUGAAUCUUCUCCGCCGCGACGCUACUUGAGAGUCCACACUCUCUCGAUGCCGGUCACUUUCUCCCUCUCUUCUCUGUUCCGCUUUGCGGAGGUGGAGUCCACGGUGGCCGUGAUGACCCGGUUAGCGGCAAAGAUGGUUCUUCACAGCGAGAAAGACUGGCGAGAGAAAACGAUGGAACCCCUCGUGUCCAUACUCCAUGCUUACAGAGCAAACUGCGCCUCGACCUCUUCGGCUGGCCAGCUGAUCCUUCCCGACUCUCUCAAACUCCUCCCAGUCUACAUCAUGUCGCUCUUCAAGCACGCGGCCUUCCGGUCCUCGGAAGUCCGAGAAGACGAGCGCAUUUGGCAUUUGAUCCGCUUCAUGGGUCUGCCUGUGCAUGCGUACCCCGGCUUGCUCUACCCUCGCGUCUUUCCGAUUCAUCGUUCCUACCUCGAGAAGGCGCGGGAGAAGAAGAUGCUUCAGAGGGCCGGACUGCCAACUGGAGUUGCGGACAACGUUUAUUUGCCGGACUCGCUCGCCGCAACGGGAGUGAAGAUUUCCUCCGACGGGGUCUUUCUCUGCGACGUCGGAACAGCGCUCUUCCUCUAUGUCGGCCAGCAUGUGAAGCCGGAGUAUCUGGCUGCACUCUUUGGAGAAGGAGCUGUGGUGAACGAGGAAAACGCGCCUUUCUUGCAACUGCGCACAGACGACGAUUCCGCCGGUAGUAUCGUAUCGAGAAUCGUCGGCCAGAUUCGGAAAGACAAAGCGACGCUGCCAUACUUGCCUCUCAGGGUCGUUAAUGCAAACUCGCUCGACGAAACACGGCUUCUAACGCACUUGGUCGAGGACGCGAUUGCGGGCGAGGGCUGCUACGUGGACUUUUUGUGUGGACUGCAUAAGAUGGUGCACAGCAAGCUCGACGAAUCUUGAAAAUGACCACGGAGUACAGAUGUGGUGGAUAUACAGGGCGUACAGACGUGUAUUUGCGUACAUUGUGUGUAUGUAGAUGUAUCGUGCUACCUCUGGUUGUGUGGUAACGUGUGUAAAAGGUGCAUUGUUGGCAUUUGUCAGUGGUGCUUGAGUUGUGGUUCGGGGUAAUGCGGCAUUUAUUUGCAACGCCUGUGUUUCUUUUUCUCUUUGGAACUAAACGCGACAGCGCUUGUUCCUCGCCAAGUGAAGCACCUUGCGUUGUUACGCUCGGAUGCAGACGCAACCAGACAACCAUCAGUCCGUUGAUCGAGCUGUGUGCAGUGUGAAUGAGUGAUAAAGGAGGAAAGCAGCGACGUUGGAGAUUAUUUCCGGUCGCUGCUGAGCCUGGCUCACGCUGCGGCCCCGUUUGGUGUGGCCACUAAGUCAAAGUUUGCCUUAAGCUUGCAGAUAACUGUGCAUGCAUAAGCGUCUCUCUGUACCCUCCAACGUACCGAAUGUCAUCUCUGUAUAACGUGUGUAUCACGCGUGGAUACGGAGUAUGUGUAAGCCUGUUUAGAUCGAUAUGUAUGCGUAUGGUUGUAUGUAAUCAUUCGUAACUGCGCAUGUCCAUUUCUUACGCCAGGCUACGGACGUGUGCACGUCGCGUAGAAAUGGCAAUUAAUUCCCUUACCGAUCA